AUGUCAGCGGAAGAUAUCAGGGACAUUCAAUUGUUUUUUACUUUACAGUCAGUGCAAUUGGAACCGUUGGAAGGUGAAGAAUCGAGUUCUGGAACAUAUCAGCCUUCGUGGAUCGGUGCCGAGGAAACAAUUUUCGAUAUUCCGUCAGAAAUUCCUUAUACUAAGGAAGCUGAAUCGUCAUCUCUUGAUUCCGGACAACCGGUUCCACGUGAGGCACCUGGAAGCGCUGGAAUUUUCUGCAUCAAGAAAGAAGUAGACGACAAUGAAUUCAUCGGAGCUCAUGAAAAUGGCGCAAGUCGACAGAGUCAUGUCAUUGUCAAAACUGAGCCGCCUUCUCUGAGUCUAGCUGGAAUGUACGAUGAUGAACAAUAUACUAAAGGCAGUAGUGAGAUUUCAACAAACAUUGAUGUGGUUAAAAUGGAAUGCAAAGACUUCGAUGAAGUUAAGCCUCAUCAUUCAAGCUCAUUUUCACCGUACAAUCACUGCUCAGUAGUAGAUGAUACAAUCACCGACACGAACCGAUCACCUUUCCAGAAUAGUUUGCCAAAGUUGGAAUCAGAGGACAUAGUUGAUGAGCACCCUCCAGUCGCUGAAAGUUUAUCGUCGGCACGUAGUGGCAGCUACAAGGUUUGCGGCCUCGUUAAACGGAGAGCUCCUGCGCAAUCAGCUCGUGGCAAGAAAGGCAAAAAAAGAAAAUCUAAAAUAAAACAGAAAUGUUCGGAGCCAAAGACUUCCUCGACAGUCUUACGUCAAUCACGCAAACGAGGGUCUCCAAAUAAUAACUUUACUACUUCCAUUAACAUUGGCUUGUUACCUCGCCGCAGCUCGAAUCGCCUCAAACGAAAACAACUUGAACAAGCUGUUGACUACUCACAGUUACCACCCAAAUUCACCGGACCACUUCUUCCCUCGAUGCAUUUUUGUCAUUACGUUUUAGAGCAGCUGAUGAGUGCAAAGUAUGAGCCCAUCAACUGGCUAGUUGAUCUUGCUACGGUGAAGAAAAAACUAGACUACAGGCAGUAUGAAGAUGCAGAUGAAUUUGCAGCAGAGAUCAGAGCGAUUUGUAUGAAUCCUUUGGAUGACUCACUUGCGAAUAAUUCCCUCUCACUAUUGGAUGCGUUCGAACAACUGUGGAUUUAUAUGCCUCUUGAUCCUGAACUGCCAUUAGUCCCUGAAGGCGCAGAGGACAUGGAUGAGAUGGAGUUGAAAUAUUCCGCCAUGCUAGCUGUUCUGAUCAACAACAGGAAGAAAUGUGAAUUUUAUGGAAAUCAGCUCAGUCUUCACGUGCAACGAUUGGAAGAAAUGAAUGUGGUUCGCUGCAGUAGAGGGCAACAAGGCAAUGUCCUUUCGGAAAUACCGCGCAAUUUGAUAGAAGAAAUGAAUGCUUUGGCAAUGAAACUAAAACCUUACGCUUCUAUUCCAAUCGAUAUUCUGAUGGAGGGCUGUUUGAUGGAUUCCACUGACUGCUUGGUAUUGGCGCUAAGAACAGUGGCACCUGGGCUAGUGAAAAUGUUUGGAGGAAAGAUCGAAGAACAAGUUAUAUUUGACACGCAUGAAGGGGAAGAGGAAUCAAAUCCAAAUCAGAGACAUCUCGAUUCAGAGGAUGAAGAAAUGAUGACACUCGAAAAACAGCAGCAACUUGCAAAUGAUGUAGAGAAGCUCUCAGAUGAAGGGAAAAUUAUUGUUUUAGGCAUUAUCGCCUGUGAUGACAAAGUAGAGGUGCGUUCCGAUGAUGAGGAAGUUCACGUCGAACUUACUAAUGCCACACCAGACACUUUCCGGAAAGUGGCAAAGUGUGUUGCAACACUCACGGAACGGCAACUGAGUUGUCCAGCUUCUGAAGAGGCUCGUGAAGGCACGUUGAAAACUGAAAAGUGUUCCAAAGCGAGGAACUCAGGAAACAAGAGGAUAACAACGAGAUCAAAGAGCAUUACUGACCGUAAACAGAAUCAGUUGGGUAAGAAGAGAGCUGUUGAUAUUGAAGCGCGCAAGCGUGAGCUCGUUGAAGGCAUCAAGAAGCUUGGUGGUACCGGUGCGACGAGACCGAUGAGAAAGCAAGUCCCCUAUUUGGAGUCUCGUCUUCGAGUGAGAACUUCAUAUGUUUAUCGGUCAUCCUCUUCAUCCUCUGAUUCAACUGCAACUUCGAAUUCAUGGGAAUCUGACAGCGCGUCUAGUACUGAGUAUGAAUAA